AUGUCAUCAAUAACUAUUGAAAUUAGUCGUUAUUUAUCACCAUUACAAUGUUAUCUUCUACAAGAUUCUCAAGUAAAAUUUAUUAAAAGAAAAAUUUAUUCACUUAUUGAAUUAAAAGAUAAAGCUGAUAUUGUUAUUAAUUGUACUGGUUUAGCUUCACGAGAUUUAGUUGGAGAUUUAACAAUCAUUCAAGUUCAUGCAGCAUGGAAAAAAUCAGUUUAUGAAUUUGAUACCGAUGAUGGUUUUGGAUAUAUAAUUCCACACUUCAAUUCUGUUGUCUUAGGUGGAACAUUUCAAGUAAAUAAUUGGAACACAAUAAUAGAUGAAAACGAUACUAAAAAUGUUCUUUGUAUAUGUUCUAAAUGUUUACCUGCUCCUGAACAUAUUCGUCAUGGUAAAGUACAAGUUGGUUUAAGACUUUAUCGAGAUGAUGGUGUAUGUCGUGAACAUGAAAAAAAAACAGCUGACGGUAUUAAUGUUGUUCAUUGUUAUGAUCAUUCUGGUUCAGAUAUAGUUAAAACACUGUUACCAUCUGCACCAAAAGAACAAAAUAGUGAAAAUAAUAAUUUACCAGAACAUGAACAAUUAUGGCGUCUUACACUUAAUUUUGAAUAUGUUAAUCCAUCAUUUGCUACUGAUUCUUCUUCCAAAUCAGGAUAUUCUUAUACAACUAUUGAACAAAUUCUUCAAUAUUCUCUAUGUCUUGAUCGUUUUCAUAAUCCACGUGCAUUAUCAUUUCAACAUAUAUAUUGUUAUUCAUAUCUUAAAAGAAUUAUUUCAUCGAAUAUUCUUUGUUCAAUAAUAACUUGUUCAAUAUGUCGUCAUAUAUUUCCAUAUGAUAAUUCAAUUCAAUUUUCUAAAUCAUAUAUUCAUAAUCAAUUAUUUGAUUUAGUUCUAAUUAAUUAUAAUAUUAAAGAAAAAUAUGUAGAAUGUUAA